AUGGUUCUUAAAAUUGACUUUGAAAAGGCUUAUGAUCGCCUUGAGUGGAGCUUUAUUUACAGAGUCUUUGAGGCCCUAGGAUUUAACUCUGUGUGGAUUCAUUGGCUCAAACUUUGUAUUUCAAGUGUUUCUUUUCAAGUGCUAUUUAAUGGUGCUCCCAAUGAAGUAUUUUAUCCUUCUAGAGGUAUUCUCCAAGGGAACCCUUUAUCGCCCUAUAUUUUUAUUAUUUAUAUGGAGGUUCUCAGUAGGAUUAUUAAUCAAGGUAUCGAGACAAAACAGAUCUUUGGGUUUAGGAUUUAUCGUCAGGCUCCUAUGAUUUCUCAUAGUUUUUAUGCCGAUGAUAGUAUGAUUUUUCUUGAAGCCAAUCUCCGCAAUGUUAGGGGUAUCAAGACUAUUCUUGAUCGGUUCCCGAGUUGGUCGUGCCAACUUGUUAAUACUUCUAAGUCUGUUGUAGUAUGCUCUAAGAAUCUCCCCAGACGUCUUGCUAGGAACUUGUGUAGAGGUCUGCAUAUACAAUUGGGAACUAGUCCUGGCAAGUAUUUGGGUAUUAACAUUCAGUGGGGUCGCCUUAGUCAUGCUAAUUCUACUGAGUCUCUAGUUAAGAUUACUAACAGACUUAGUGGCUGGAAAAAUAAGUCUCUCAAUUUCGGUGGUAGGGAUGUUCUUAUUAAAUCUGUUUUGGAUCCUUCUUUGAAUCAUCUCAUGUGCACUAUGAAACUCCCAAAGUUUAUUCUAUGCAAAAUAGAUAAGCUUGGGAGGAAUUUUUUGUGGCAACAUUGGGAUGGGACGAAUCGCAUUCAUGCUAUCAGUUGGGGUAAGGUUUGCAAACCUGUCUGGUUUGGUGGAUUGGGGAUUCGAGACUUGGAAUUCCAUAAUUUCUCCUUUCUUGCUAAGAGUUCUUGGAGGAUUGCUUGUAACCCUGAUUCUCUAGUUGUUAAGCUUUUUCAAGCUAAAUAUCAUAGAAAUACUCAGUUUUGGGAAGCACUUCCUCCAAGUCGUGUUUCUUGGUGUUGGCGCAGCAUUCUCAGGGGUAAAGAGCUGAUUAAAACAGGGCUGAAGUGGGUUAUUGAAACUGCGCAUCAAGUGAAUAUUUGGAACGAUUCUUGGUGCUGUAAUGUUCCUUUAUCACAAAUUCUUGGUCCUACUUGUGAUCCAUCUUUGAGAGUGUCUGAUCUUAUAGAUCCUGGGAACCAUGAAUGGAAUCUCUCGCCCAUUUCCUCUUCAAUUCCUAAAUCGGUACAGGAUCAGAUUUUGGCCAUUCCUCUUUCACGGCAUGUUCCUUCUUCUGAUCACAGGGUUUGGACCCAUAGAAGAGAUGGGAAUGUUUCGGUUAAAUCAUGUUAUAAUUGGUUAGCUUUGUCUCAAGAGGGUUCUGCUUUGAAUGGUACUAAGUGGGAGCAUCUUUAUAAAUCCCGAUGCCCUGCUCGCAUUAAACAUUUCUUGUGGCUGCUAGACCAAGGAAAGCCUCUAGUCCGUGUGAAUUUAUCGAAGCGUGGGUUGGAUAUCCCGGUUUCACCAAUCUGGAACGCACUUGUUUAUGCUUAUGGUGUUCAACUUCCUCAACUGCAUAUGUGUCUUGACUGGAUCCACAAUGUUUUGUCCUUGAAAACUGAUGACGCUACAGUGCAGUGGGGGCCGAGUAUUUGUGUGCCAAUGCCAAUUACUCCUAGUCCUACUUUCAAGGAGCAAAUAUGUGUUAGAUGGCUGCCUCCUAUUAAUGAUUUUGUUAAACUCAAUGUUGAUGGAUCCUCUAAUGAUGCAGGGAAUGCAGGUAUUGGUGGCAUUUUGCGAGGUGAUGAUGGACAUUUUUUGGCUGCUUUUGCGAAGCUUAUUUACCGCAACUCCAAUAACGUUGCUGAAUUAUGGGCCAUUCGAGAUGGUAUGCAACUAGCAAGAAAUAUUGGCAUUCAAAAACUACUUGUCGAAAGUGACUCGCAGUAUGCUAUUAACCUGUGUUUACAAACGUAUGCUAGUAGUUAG